AUGGAUGGGGCGUCUCGUGGGAACCCGGGGUUAGCUGCGGUGGGCGGGAUUGUACGGGAUCAUGAUGGCAACUGGUGUGUUGGAUUCUCGUUGAACAUCGGUAUAUGUUCAGCACCGUUAGCAAGGUUAUGUGGGUGUAUUAUGGGCUGUAUGUGGCUUGGGAAAGACGGUAUAGACCAUGAAAACCAGAAAUUGCUACUAAGAGAGUUACAGAAACUAUUGAAAAGAAAUGGAUGUUCACUGAAAAAAUACAACCUUAUGCCACAAAUAUCUCUUGAAGAUGCAACAUUGCCUAAUCAGUUUAUAAUGGAUGAACUCAAUUACAACCGUGAGGAUCUAACAAAGAAACAUGUUGGUUGGAAAAAGAUGCUAAUAGAAGAACAUAAGAAGAUCUAUGAUGAGAUAAUGGAAGUUUUAUCAAUGACAAAGCAUCUAGCGGUAUUGCCUCUCUACUGCUGGAAGGAGGAAGAACAGCUCACUCUAGGAAGGGAAGCGAUUGUCAUUGCAUCAUUAAACUCUUCAUACUUAUGGAAUCAGUUCAAAGUUUUAAGACUGACAAAGAACAUGAGGUUGCUUCAAGACAUUGGUAAAAAAGAGGCCAGCGAGAUAGAAGAGUUUUCAAAAUGGAUAUUGGCAGUUGGAGAAGGAAAAAUUAAUGAGCCUAAUGAUGGUGUUUGUGAAAUAGAUAUCCCACAAGAGUUACUUAUUCCAGAGGGAUCCUCUCUGUUAGAGUCAAUCAUUGAAGCUGUUUACGGGAAAAACUUUUCCACCCAAAAGGAUCCUAAAUGUUUCCAAGAACGAGCUAUUCUUUGCCCUACCAAUGAAGAUGUCAAUUCUAUCAAUGAUGUCAUGUUAUCAAGUCUAAACGGUUAG